GCCAUGUCGCACUGGCCACAUAUGAUAGUUGAAGUCAUAAAUCAGGCACGAGUGGAGCAACUUCUUAAGGGACAUCCAAAAUGAAGCACCAACAAAUUACGGUGGACUAUUGGACCAUGUUAAAGACAUCCGGAAUGUGCCUGCUUCUGGCACUCUGCGGAUUUGUACUCCUCAAAAUGGUGCAGACCAUAUUCUGGCUACCAUCACAUCUGAAGAAAAACCAACAGCGUCUUGAGGAAAUGGCCAAGCUUUAUGCCAAGGAUAUGGGCGAUGAUGAGCGGGCCGAGAUCGAGAAACUCUUCAAUAGUAAGGAGCCGUUGACAGAAGAACGCAUUAGCCAAUUGCUGGACAAAGCAGAUCCAUCCGAGCCCAAAAAGGAGCAGUAGUUCAAAUAAAUUGAUUUUCCAAAUAGUUUAUAUAUAUAUAUAUAUAUAUAUUUGUAUGUAUA